GUGCGCAUGCGCGGUAUGUCUCUCUAUUUACGUUCGCGUGCAGCAAGUUUGUGUGAUGCUGUUACCUAGACGCUUCAUUGGGGAAAAAUCAGAAAGCAAAAGUAGUUGCGGGUAUUUCUGUUUUGUAUAAUUUACAAGUGGGAAAUUUAUAACAAUAAUCUGCUAAAAUGCCAAAUGACGGCUCAACGAAACUGUCGAAAAACCUUUUACGGAUGAAGUUUAUGCAAAGAGGUCUUGAUGCAGAGGCGAAGAAACAACUUGAGGAAGCGGAGAAGAGGAUCAUAAGUGAUGAACAUUGGUAUUUGGACUUGCCUGAACUUAAAGCAAAAGAAAGCUACAUUGUUGAAGAAAGAAGUUAUGUCCCAUGUGAAGACUUGGUUUAUGGAAGAAUGUCAUUUAAGGGAUUCAAUUCUGAGGUUGAGAAACUGAUGGUUUUAAUGAAUGCUCCCAAAGAAGAGGAUGAUGAGGAGGAGGAGAAGGAUGUGACUCGAAUGGACACUGAUAUUACAGACGAGGAGAUGGCCAUGAGAUAUGGAAGCUUGGUUGAAAGCAUGAAAAGAAGAUUUGCCAAAAAAAGGGAUCGCUCAUCUGUGAAGAAUGAAGAGGAUGUCAACCAUAAUAUUGAAGAUACUCAACCCAAGAAAGCAUUCUUAAAGCCCCAGGAUUAAGGGAUUUUUAUAGGCUUUAUAAAGUGUGUGGGGUUUGGUGUUUUGUUUUUUUUUAACUCUAUAAAUGCGCGCACUUUUUUUUUUUUUUUUUAAUUAAUGUUUUAAUGCCUUUACAAUCAUUCAGUGGGGAAAAAAAAGGAUGCUGUAAAAUAGCAGUAAAAAUGGAUGUUGUGCAUCCUUAUUUUUAAAUGAUUAUGAUCAUUGUAAUGUGUGUUGGUUUUUAUUUAUUUUAUUCUAGUUUUUUUUUUUUUUUUUUUUUUUUUUGGCCAGCCAUGAGAAGGUAUAUUUUAGGGUGCAAGAUCUGGAAUGCCUGUGAAAUUUAAAGGUCUGGUGUUUCCAUACCUGAGAAAAAUAUGGUAAUUUCAAAGUAAUUCUGGAGUCUGCAUGGAAUUUCUGUUGUUAAAGUAAAACUCAAGACACAGUGUUGUAAUCUCUUGUCUGUAGGCACUAACACAAACUCUUCAAUACACAUCAUAUUUUUCUUUU